AAUUUCAAUCUUUUCAUCUUUACUAACUAGUUCUUUCUUCCUCCUCCUCCUCCUAAUUGUUUGUUUGCGAUUUGGUUUAAUGAUGGCCGGUGAUCCAGCGACACUUCCACCGGGGUUUCGCUUCCACCCGACUGAUGAGGAACUCAUCUUGCACUAUCUUCGUAAUCAAGCUGUCAGUCGACCGUGCCCGGUUUCCAUCAUCGCCGAGGUUGAUAUCUACAAGUGUAAUCCAUGGGACCUCCCUGCCAAGGCAAGGUUUGGAGAGCAAGAGUGGUACUUCUUUAGCCCGAGAGAACGCAAGUACCCGAAUGGAGUGAGGCCGAAUCGGGCCGCAGCAUCGGGCUAUUGGAAGGCGACCGGGACCGACAAACCCAUUCGGUCUAGCCGGGGAGAUGGACACAUCGGGGUCAAGAAGGCCCUUGUGUUUUAUAAGGGAAGACCGCCCAAGGGGCAUAAGACAAAUUGGAUCAUGCAUGAGUAUCGACUUGCAGAGGCCCGACCGAGCAACACCUAUCGGCCCCCAAAGUUCUCUAACACUUCCAUGAGGCUGGAUGAUUGGGUGCUGUGCAGGAUCUACAAGAAACACAGCCACCAGGAGCAAACACCUUCUCCGGUGGAUGAAGAACAGGAACAAGAAGAGUUCAUCGACACGAUGAGGAACGAUCGCGGCAACACAUCGAACUUUGAGAUCGCCAACAGGCACCAAUCGGGCGGUCUCCAGUUGCAGAAAUCACUAUCGGUUUCAGACUUCCUCGAGGGCAUCGGAGCUGCCCACAGCCUGUUCGACACUUUGCCUGAACUAAUCCCCAACCCUUGCAUGAACCAGCAGCUCCUGUUGGCUGAACCAAAGCAGAGAACCAGCGAAGAGUCAUCUUCCUCCAUCUCUGCAAAUUCCACUCUGAUGCAGAACAGUAAUUCCACUACCGAUGCAGAAGAAAUCCAAUUCAAAGAUGAAUUCUCUGUGCUGAACCAGAGGUUCUUCUUUAACCAGCAGCUACUGCUCAACCCUUACUCGGGAUUGCAUUGAGUUGCUCUUCAAAUGAUCCAAGAGAAAAAAAAAACCAUAAGAAGAAAAUGGAUGGGGAAAAAAAAUUGUAUUUUUAUAUACUUUUCGGAAGGAAUUCGAGUUUUUAGCUGUUUCACAGUUUACAGUAUAUAUUUCGAAACAGACACUUCCACGAUUUAGAACCGACAGAAUAUCAACCCUUAACCUUCAAAAA